GUGUCUCAUCCGGGUCUUUGGCUCAGCCGUUGAGGCGAUGGCGACGAUAGCGGAGCUGAAAGCAGUUUUAAGGGACACGCUGGAAAAAAGAGGUGCUCUUGGAGAGAUAAAAGCAAGGAUCAGAGCUGAAGUUUUUAAUGCACUGGAUGACCAAAGUGAACCACGGCCACCACUGUCUCGUGAAAAUCUCUUAAUCAACGAACUAAUUCGUGAAUACCUGGAAUAUAACAAAUAUAAAUACGCGGCAUCUGUUUUAAUUGCAGAAUCCGGCCAGCCUGAAGUGCCUUUGGAUAGACAGUUUCUUGCCAAAGAGCUGAACAUAAUUGAAGAUGCAAAUGGAAAAUCAGUCAGACCUCUCUUGUACGGAAUUCUCUCUCAUUUCUUACACGGUGGUAAAGAAGAAAGCACCCAGAAUAGCCUUUCAAAAGUAUCUCUGCUGAAUUAUCCAAAGCAGAACCUUGGCAAACCACCUACUGACAGAAAUCAAAAAGAUAGAAUUCCAGAACCAGGAAGGAUGGCUGGCACGAGCAUCGAAGAGCCCCUUGUUUUACAAAGUAUAAACAGAUGAUACCUUUCAUGUACUAAUUUCUCAUGUAAAGUUCUGUAAGAGUUGAUUUAGGAAAUUCUUAUUUGCAUAAAUUUCCCCAGUAUGUCCAGUGGGACCACUUCAGCUUGUUAGAUCUACCCAUGAGACAGGAUGACAGGGUCGUACUUACUGUCAAUGAAGAAGAACAUUAGCAAAGGCUCCCUUGCUCCAGUGCUGAUAGGAACAAAACUCUGUAUGAAGUCUGUGAUUCCAUGAAGUCAGGUUAGUGAAGCCUGUGGCUAGAAUUGGGCCUGAAAAUACUGGGUUUACUUUAUAAAAAAUUAUCAAAUAACUUAUUUCUGCACUUUAUUAUGUCUUUGUGUGACUUCCCUGGGUUUUUUGAAUAAAAUUUUUCAGCUUUA